CCACCGCACAAGCACAACAUCUCCCUCUCACUCCUCUCUACCUUCUCUCUCUAAAUUAAAGCGGCGAAGACUUGCACACAAGUUCAACGCUAGCUAUCACCCACAGUCGUCCCCAGCUACCUCCUCUCCAUCUCCCCAGUCCCCAUUGCACGCUUGACUACCUCCUCCAUCCCCGCAGACUCCGGUCGAUCACCAUGUCUGGAGGAGCAACAGGAGUUGGAGGAGGCAGCGGCUACGGGGGCUUCUACCACGGGGACGAUCCUGCCACCUCCGACCAGCUCAUCACAGCCUUCGACAACGACGGCGGCGGCGGCUUCUUCUUCCAGCAGACGGUCUCGCCGCCGUGCGCCGGGGAAGUGGACGGCGGCACGGCGCCGUACGCGAGCAUCGCGGACUACCUGCAGGGAUUCCUGGACCCCGCGGGCCUGGCCGCGCACUUCGGCAGCGACGACGCGCCGCCGCCGUGCCGGUUGGGCGGCGGCGCCGACGACGAGUACGACGCUGUGGUGGCGGUGAAGCAAGAAAUGGUUGUCCAGCUGAGUGACAGCCGCCGUGACGCCGACGCCGAUGGUCAGAUGGCCGGCGCGGCGGCCGUCACGCCGGCCAACUCAUCGGUGCUGUCGUCAUCCAGCUGCGAGGCGGGAGCGGAUGCCAACGACGACGACGAGGAGCCGUCGCGCCGGCGGUGCGGCAAGAAAGGUAGGAUCGAGGGAGAGGAGGAGCAGGAGGGAGAAGGAGAAGCUGACGAUGAUGCAGCCGAUCGGAACUGCAAGAGCAGCAAGGAGAAUAAGAAAAGGAGAGGCGAGAAGAAGGCGCGGGAGCCCCGUGUGGCGUUCAUGACCAAGAGCGAGGUCGACCACCUCGAGGACGGCUACCGCUGGCGCAAGUACGGCCAGAAGGCCGUCAAGAACAGCACAUACCCAAGGAGCUACUACCGGUGCACGACGGCGCGGUGCGGGGUGAAGAAGCGGGUGGAGCGGUCGCAGCAGGACCCGUCCACGGUGAUCACCACGUACGAGGGGCAGCACACGCACCCGAGCCCCAUCGACCUCCUCAGGAGAGGAGGAGGCGCCGCCGCCCUCAUGCGCUCCGCCGCCGUUGCCGGCGGCUUUCGCCGCCCCGACGACCUGCUCAAGAUCGACGAUUACGCUGGCACGCCGAUCGGCUUCCUGCCGCUUCUCCCUCCCGGUGGCAUCGGUGCUGGUGGUGGUGGCCGCCUGCUGCAUCACCGAGCUCGUUCUUCGCAGCUGGCCGCCGUGGACGCGUAUGGCGGCAUGCUGGAGCUGGACUUCAUCCCUUCCAUUCCGCGAUGAGCCAUGAGAGCAUUAUGUCGCUCACCUUCAUUUCCAGGCCAGCCAACUAGCGAGCGUACAUAUAUACGGAGUAUUUGUCACUUUGAGUCGAAUUCUAAAGAGUAUUAUUUACUGGAACUGGAAUCAAAGUGUUUGCUUACAAAACCCCAAGUCUUGUAAAAGUUGCACCGGCCAGUGAUCUUUUGGUUUGGCCUUGUUUAGUUCCGAAAAAUUUUGGGAAAUGGACACUGUAGCACUUUCGUUUGUAUU